AUGAAGCUAUUUGAUAAAGAGUUUUUUUAUCGAUAUUUAAGAAUGUCUCCUGACAGACUUGAACAUCUUUUGUCAUUAAUUGGAUCUUCAUUAACGAAAAAGUAUUGUCCCAGUAGAGAUUCUAUAUGUCCGUCGCAAAGAUUAAUUAUAACAAUUCGAUACCUUGCUACAGGAGAAUCACAACAAACUCAGUCAUUUUAUUUUCGAGUUGGCAGAGCUACAGUUUGCCGUAUAUUCAAAGAAACUUGUUGUGCAAUAUGGAAAGUUCUCAAGAAAGUCUUUCUACGAGCCCCAAAUGACGUAAAAGAAUGGCAAAAUAUUAUUAAAGAGUUUGAUCAAAAUUGGAACUUUCCACAAUGUAUAGGAGCUAUUGAUGGAAAGCAUGUACGCAUUGAAGCACCUGCAAAAUCUGGAUCUUCUUUUUAUAACUACAAAGGGUUUUACAGCAUGGUUUUAUUAGCAAUUUGUGAUGCUAAAUAUUGUUUCACAAUGGUUGACAUUGGGGCUUAUGGAAGGGAUAAUACUGCCAUUUUAAAUGCGAGCACGUUUGGGAGGGCAUUUAAUAAGGGUUAUUUUAAUUUACCAAAAUUUUUUGAAUUUGAUCCUAAAGUUUCACCGGUCCUUGUUAAAGAUGACAUAUUUGCACUUAAACCAUGGUUAAUGAAAUCGUACCCAGGUAAAAAUCUUACUGUUCAGCAAAGAGUUUUUAACUAUCACUUAUCUAGAGCACGUAGAACAAUCGAAAAUAGUUUUGGAAUUUUAGCAGCUAGAUGGAGAAUAUACAGAUCUCCAAUUAAAGCAAAGCCAUUGAUAGUGGAACAUAUAAUAAAGGCUACUGUUUGUCUUCACAACUACAUUUUAUUUGCGUUUAACAGAUGGAGCGCAUUAUAUUCCUACUGA